AUGAUCGCGACCGAGCGACCGGCCGCUACAACCGGCUUCGUGAAGGCCGCUCAACUCCCCCCACUCCACUUUACAUCGCUAGAUAACAAGAUGACUAUGAAAUUCAUGGGUGCAGCAGACAUAUCCAGCCCUUUUGGUGGAGGGAAGGAAACAUGCAUUUGUGCUUACCACUGGGCCAUAACAAGACUGAGUCACUCGGAUGCCUUAACUGGGGACACAAGAUGA